ACGUGAAGGGUACUCAUGUCAGUUCGAGUUCAAAGUUCAAAGUUGUUCGACAAUGGCGAACGGGAAGGGUUUGUCCCUGACUUUCCCGAGCAUCGAAUAGCCAUUCUUCGAAUGAAACGUGGCCAAAACAGAAUAAAUAUUGAAUUCAUCGAAGUUUUUAAUGAAUGUCUGGACAAAAUCGAACAAAAGUCCGACUGCCGAGGUUUGCUGACAACAGGUGAAGGCAAGUUUUACUCGAAUGGCCUUGACUUAGAUUGGCUUUCCAAACAAGACGCAGAGGGAAGAGACAACUUCACGCUUGCAUUGAGCCGUUUGCUUACUCGUCUGUUGACCUUUCCUAUUCCUACAAUAGCUGCUAUCAAUGGUCAUGCAUAUGCUGGUGGAGCACUCCUUGCCCUUGCUCAUGACUUCAGAGUGAUGAACUCAGAAAAAGGAUGGUUCUGCAUGAAUGAAGUUCACAUCAGUCUUCGCUUUAAUGCUUUCUUUCUGGCUUUGCUUAGGGCUAAAAUCAGCACAAAAAUCGUAGAGCAUCGGUUACUGGUGUUUGGCCACAACUAUACAGCUAAGGAAGCUGUAGAAGCAGCGUUGGUAGACAGAAGCACUUCUGCUGCAUUACUUGAAUCUGAAAGUUUGAGGUUCCUAGAGAGGUGGAUAGGGAAGAAUGGUUUUCAACAGGAUAGUCUUCAUAAUAUGAAGCAAGAUGUGUAUGCAGAAGUUGUGAAGCUCGUAAAUUCAUCUAAACUUUAAGAUAAUUUGUAUAGUUAUGGAGCUAAUGCUGACUCUAAGAUGAACUUAAAUUUCAGAAAAAUUGUUUAAAAAAAAAAAUUACAGCAUGGGCAGAAUAAGACUGGAUGCCAGCAUUAUUAAAGCUGGUAAUAUAUCUAAAAUUUGAGAUAGUUUACAUACUUGUAAACAAGCUAGGUUUCACUGCUUCAAAACAAUAAGCGGAGCAGGGGGAGGGGUGGAGUGUUGUUUUAUGCCGAGCUAGCAACUAAGGCUAUAUCAUGGCAAUGCAGCCAGCCCUGUAAACAGAUGCACAUGCAGAGAAAGAACAGUGUGCCCGAGACAAGAGCUGAACCCAGGACAGCCAACCCUCACUGUAUUGGUGACAGGCGCUAACUGUGAUGCCACCGGGCCGCGAAAAACCAUAAGCAGACUAUGUAAACAUGGAACAGAAUGAAAAUGAGAUAUGCAAUGUGAUGUCUUGAAACUAAAGAAUAAAAUUACAUAAUAAAAAUGUGAUUUAUAUAGCGCAUAAUAAUGCUUACUAAGCAGUACGCCAAGUAGAAGACAUGGACAGAAUACGAAGACAGAAUUAAAAACAACUAUAAAAGACAAACUCAAAAGACAUAGAGGAAUCACAGAACAAACAGUAACGAUGGAGAGCAUCAUAAAUCUGCAGAGAAAGAUGAGAAGGCAGAUUAGGCAAUAGACUAUGAUCACAACUAUUGACAAUCAACUAUGUUGAUUGAUGUAUUAAAUUUAUAAAAUAAAUGAACACAUACUAUU